AUGCCGAUCUGUGUGCACCUUGUGAUCACUUUACUUGAAUUGGAUUGGGGUUCACUGGGCAACGCCUACGGCCUUUUGCGACUACCUCAAAUGCCCGAACUCAAAGGUGUCUCCAUCGACAGCUUUAUUCCCUCUGAUGUCGACUUGACCAAGCUUAAAUACAAGGAGAAAAGCAUUGCUAGGCAACGCGAGUUGAAACGCAAAGCGUUGGAGGCUAAUCCACCGCCGAAGUUUAAGAAGUCAUCCCCUUGGUCCAAGACAAAGGAAAAACGUGCCAAGCGUGCCGCGCGCCGCCAGAAAAAGCUGCUUAAAGCAGAGCGCCUUAUAACCACUGCCUCCCUUGGUGCCAGUAUGUCGGAUCGACUUAUUAAUAAGUGUUCCUCGGGUGCCAUGGCAACUGAUGGAAACGAGGAUGACAGCGACGAUAACGACACGAAGUCCAUUUUGGAGGAGUACAAGAAAAUGAAGAAGCUGAAGGGUCGCAAGAUCACAGCGGCGGAAUUGGAGGACUUAGAAGACGACGAGUCGGGUGACAAGAAGGAUGACGUAGAUCUACCACCGGACGUCGAACUCCAUCAGUACCCUUCGAAUUUCGAUUGUACCAUUUCUGCAUGGAAGCGUUGCGCGAGGGUCAUUCGGCAUCUCUUGCUAAGCCAUGACUCGCCUCCAACCGCGACUCCGACGUUUAUUAUCACCCUGGCCUUGCAAGAAUUUUCGAAAGAUGCAGUCGCAGCUUUUGUGAAGGCACCGGAUGCACGCUCUUUACAGCCAAAGCAUACCUCAGCUUUGCGGCAGCAGCUCGCCGCCGGUCUCUAUCCCCAAUUAGUGCGCGGAGGCGUCGUUUUAAUCAGUUAA